GAUCCCUAGCUUCGAACCACUCACUCACUGUUUACACAGAGUGCAGUUGGAGCCAAAACCAGGGAUUAAUUAAAGUUUAUAAACAAGAAAGAAAAUGAGUUGGGGUUGUUUUAGCAGUAGACCAGGCUGUGCUAGAGAAGCCAAAGGUUUGAGGAGAGAGAGAGAGAGGAGAGAGAGAGAGAGAGAGAGAGAGAGAAGAGAGAGAAGAGAGAGAAGAUUGCAUCCUCAAUGAAGAAACAAGGGUGUGAGAUUGAAGCAAUAGGCAUUAACUACCAGAUCAAAACACAAAGUAGAGAGCACCCUUUUAAGAUCUUCAGCAAAGGGCCACAAGAGAAUCAACAGAAGGUUGAUCAAGAACCAGAUCAAGAACAAGCCAAGGUUGAAGAACCAUGCCCCAGGGUGCGCCAAGUCCUGAAAGGCGUGAACUGCAGCGCAAAACCAUGGGAGAUUCUGGCCAUUGUGGGUCCAAGUGGAGCUGGAAAGUCAUCCCUGCUAGAAAUCCUAGCAGGGAAAGUCACACCACAAAGUGGCUCCAUUUUUGUGAACCAAAAGCCCAUAGACAAAGUUCAUUUCAAGAAAAUCUCAGGCUAUGUCACUCAAAAGGAUACCCUCUUUCCCUUACUUACGGUGGAAGAAACCUUAAUGUUUAGCGCAAAGUUAAGGUUAAGGCUUCCAGCAGCUGAGCUGAGAUCCAGAGUGAAGUCAUUGAUUCAGGAGCUUGGCCUGAAUCAUGUAGCUGGAGCUCGUGUCGGAGACGACAGGGUUCGAGGGAUAUCCGGUGGAGAAAGACGCCGCGUUUCCAUUGGUGUGGACGUAAUACAUGAUCCGAAAGUGCUGAUUCUUGAUGAGCCAACUUCAGGGCUUGACAGUACAUCAGCGCUCCAAAUCCUUGACAUGCUUAAGACCAUGGCUGAAACCCGGGGCAGAACCAUAAUUCUCAGUAUCCACCAACCUGGGUACCGGAUUGUAAAGUUGUUCAAUUCAAUUCUACUGUUGGCCAAUGGCUGUGUCUUGCACCAUGGCACCGUGGAUCAGCUUGGCGUGAACUUAAGGCUGAUGGGACUAGAACUUCCUCUUCAUGUCAAUGUCGUUGAAUUCGCCAUUGAAUCCAUUGAAACCCUUCAACAGCAGCGAAAGUUUCACCCAGUUCAACAAAAAAUGCUACCAAAGUUGCCAUCAACACUGCAACAAAAGAAAGGAGAUGAUCCAGGUGAGAGUAGAUCAAGUGGUAAUUUUACUCUACAACAGCUCUUUCAACAAUCCAAGGUUAUUGAUGAAGAAAUCAUCAAUACUGGAAUUGAUUUCCCUCCCGACUUUGCAAAUUCUAGAUUGCGAGAAACCAUAGUUCUCACUCAUAGAUUCUCCAAAAACAUCUUUCGGUCGAAGGAACUCUUUGCUUGUAGGACGAUUCAAAUGCUGAUCUCAGGGCUUGUCCUUGGCUCGAUCUUUUAUAAUCUCAAAGAUGACUUGGUUGGAGCCCAAGAAAGGGUAGGUCUAUUCGCAUUCAUUUUGACAUUUCUGUUAUCAUGCACCACAGAAGCUCUGCCAAUCUUUUUGCAAGAGAGGGAGAUUCUUAUGAGGGAGACAUCCUGCGGAAGCUACAGAGUCUCAUCCUAUGCCAUAGCAAAUGGACUUGUUUACUUGCCAUUUCUGCUCAUCCUAUCCUUUAUAUUCACAGUACCAUUAUACUGGCUUGUUGGGCUCAAUCAGAGUUUCAUGGCCUUUCUACACUUCUUGUUGUUAAUUUGGCUAAUUCUGUAUACAGCAAAUUCGGUUGUGGUAUGUUUCAGUGCUCUGGUGCCGAAUUUCAUUGUAGGGAAUUCCGUGAUCGCAGGCGUCAUGGGGUCCUUCUUUCUGUUCUCAGGUUACUUCAUAUCAAAACAUGAGAUUCCAAGUUACUGGAUUUUCAUGCAUUACAUAUCGCUGUUCAAGUAUCCGUUUGAAGGGUUUUUGAUAAAUGAGUUCUCCAACUCAGGAAAGUGCCUGGAGUACAUGUUUGGGAAAUGUGUGGUGAGUGGUGAAGAUGUGCUUAGAGAAGAAGGCUAUGGUGGGGAGGAAAGUAGGUGGAGAAAUUUGAUGGUUAUGGUAUGCUUCAUAUUGGUUUACAGGUUUAGUUCUUAUGUGAUUCUUCGAUGUAGAUGCUCUCAGAGAGGGCUCAAGGAUGCCCUCGUCUGAUGAACAUGGUGAAAAAUUCUCUGUGUCCUCGUUUGUGUUCGUUCACAUGUCUUGGUGUUUACUUAAAAUAGCACCCGCAGAUGAACAGCCAUAAAAAAUAAAGAGAAGACGUGUAAUUUCAUUUCUGCCA